AUGGCCGAGUCUCCAUGCGGCCAGGCGGAACUUCUGAAGGGUGAGACGAUCACGCGGAUCAAGCCCGUCUUCGCGGCUGCCGCCAACAAGCGCACGUGCCAGCACCUCUACGACGCGCUGCUGCUGUUGUCUGCGUCGUUCACGGGGGCUCGUCAACUCUCAAGCGCCAGGUACCUCCCAGUGGUGCUGGACCAGCUCAAGGGCUGUCGUCUGAACGACGCGCUGCGGAUCCGUGCGCUCAAGCUGCUCAAGAACCUGGCGAACGACGGCGUGGACGCCACGACGUUCCGCGCGCUAGAGCUGGGGGCGGUGGCGCAGUGCGCUAAGCGGCUGCACUCGCCCAACUCUGAGGUACGCGCGGCGGCGUGCGAUACGCUGGCGGCGUUUGGCUUCGCGGACAAGGCGCGCAAGGCCGUGGUGGAGCACGGCGGCGUCGUGCCCAAGCUGUGCGCGCUGCUGACGGACCCGCAGUGGCAAGUGGCGUCCGCCAGCGCCGGCGCGCUCAUGAGCCUGGCGGCGAACGACGAGAUCAAGCGGCAGAUCGUGGCCAACGAGGGGCUCGCGCCCGUGAAUCAGCUGCUGCAGGCCAACAAGGUGCCGCUGCAGCUGCACACGACCAAGCUGGUGGCGGUGAUCACGGCGCUGCCGGCGGCGCGUAGGCUGCUGGACGUGCCGGCCACGACGCUGAGGCUGCGCACGCUCAUGCAGGACGAGAACGCGCUGCUGGCCAAGGGUGCUAAAGUGGCGCUGGCGGCGGUGCAGUGGAGGGCGUAG